AUGUCUCAUAGCUUUGGAUAUAUCAUGAUCCCUUUCAUGACUCUUUGUUGGGUACUUGCAUGGCAGACUUGCUUGGUAGAGUACAAGCGGAAGAUGGCCGGCGUUCAGUAUCCUCAAAUGUACGCCGAAAAAGCAGAGGCAGAUAACUCCAAGACUGCUUAUGUUUUCAACUGUGCCAAUCGGGCUCAUCAAAAUACACUGGAAGUGCUUCCAGUCAUCCUCAUGAGCACGAUCAUCAUGGGCAUUGACCAUCCGGUCGUUGCUGCUAUGUUGUGCGAGAUCUUUGCCCUGUCGAGGGUAUUUUAUACGCUUGGGUACAUGAAGGAGCCGUUGAAGAGGGUGCGUGGUGCACGAGUGAGCAGUUUAGCCACAUUGGGUCUUUUGCUUGGUGCAACAAAAACGUCCUUGAACUUCGUACUCAAUAUCGUUGUAUGAACAUAGAAGCAGGACCAGAUUCUUGGAAGACACUUGCUGUCCCUGUUGUUAUAUCAGCGGUUUACAUAGAGCGCUUAUUGCUGUUGUCACUUACCCUAAU